AUGGCCCCUGGUGUCCAGCUGGAGAAGGAGCAACGUAUGGGCUUCUUCCAAACCAUCCUUGUCGCCCUGGUCUUCCUCCCUCUCCUUAUGGUGGCCUCCCAUAACUUCCUGCAGAACUUCACAGCUGCUGUCCCCAGGCACUGGUGCUACAUCCCGGCGCGAGACAAUGCCACCACAGAGGUGACUGGAGACCUCCUGAAGAUCUACAUUCCUAUGGAUGGCAACCAGGAGCCAGACAGGUGCCUGCGGUUCAGCACUCCGCAGUGGCAGCUUCUGGCCCCUAAUGGCACCAGCACCAACACCACUGAGCCCUGCCUGGAUGGAUGGGCGUACGACAGGAGUGUCUUCAACUCCACCAUCAUCACGGAGUGGAACCUGGUCUGUGGCCAGCGCGCUCUCAAGGAUUUUGCCCAGUCCAUCUACAUGUUGGGGGUGCUGCUGGGAGCACCGGUCCUCGGGGGCCUGGCGGAUAGACUGGGGCGCCGGGCACUGCUGCUCUGGUCCCUGCUGCAGAUGGGUGUGAUGGGCACCAGCGCCGCCUUCGCCCCCAACCUGGCAGCCUACUGCGCCUUCCCCGCUUCUUCAGCGGAAUCGGACUGCAGGCGCUUCAUCCUCAAUGCAACCAGCCUGACCAUCCUCGCCUGCAGCCUGACGCUGGGCCAGCUGCUCCUGGCUGGACUGGCAUACGCCAUCCGUGACUGGCGCCAGCUGCAGCUGGCAUCCUCAGUGCCCUUCUUCCUCUUCUUCCUCUACAGCUGGUGGAUCCCAGAGUCCGCACACUGGCUCAUCGUCAACCACAGGCCUGAGAAGGCGCUGGGGAACCUGCGACGGGUGGCCCAGAUUAACGGCGAGAAGCUGGAGGGGGAGGGCAUCUCCCUGGAGACACUGAGGCUGGAGAUGAAGCAGGAGGAAGAGAGCUCAGGGCCCUCCCGGCGCUCUGCCCUGGAGCUGUUCCGGACAGCGCCCAUGUGUAGAGUCACCUGCUGCCUCAUGCUGGCCUGGUUCUCCAGCAGCUUCUCUUUCUACCACCUGGGCCUGAACCUGCAGCGCUUCGGGGGCAUCAGCAUCUUCCUGGUGCAGCUGAUCUUUGGCGCUGUGGACAUGCCCUUCCGCAUGCUGGUGGCUGUAGUCGCCAACCGCCUGGGGCGCCGGCUCACGCAGGCCGCCUGCCUGGUCCUGGGGGGACUCUUCAUCCUGGCCAGCGUCCCCGUGCCGCAGGGCAUGGAGGUGCUGCUGAUUACCCUGACUGUCCUGGGAAAAGGGCUCUUCUCCUCCUCCUCCAGCUGCUCCUACCUGUAUACCACUGAGCUCUACCCCACUGUCAUCAGUGCCCAUGCACAGCGGCUCCUGGUCAUUGCUUACUGCAGAGACUUGCGUGGGGUCCCACUAGCCGACGGCAAGAAGCAGGUGGAUGGACUAGUUGGUAUGAUGGGCACAUUGAGGGUGAGCAGAUCGGUGUGUCUGAGCCUGAGAAAAGGAGCAAAGAAAGAACUGAGAAAGAAGCAGGGAACCAAGAAAACCAAAUUUAAAACACAGGCUCCUGUGUCAGCACUGGACUGGAACUCUGGAGACAUGAGUUCAAUCCUGGCUCCCGUGAGUGGGACACGUGUCCACUUCGUCACUUCAAGUGCCACAUUGUCCCAUCUGUAA